UCCUGUUCAAACCUCCACAUGCUCCAGGGGCCUAGCUGGACCUUCUCUAGAGCAGCAUUCUCAGGAAUAGAUGGAAGAAAGCCCUCCCGUGACUGCCAGGAGCCUUCUCUGCUCAGAGUGGAGGCAGCUGGGACGUCUCAGACAGGCCACCCUGAUGGGCCCCCACUAGGCAGGAGCCAGAGGAAUGUGCUCUGACACAACCUCAGGGAUUCUGUUGGCAGGUCCUGGAAGGAGGCUGCCAGCAGGCACCAGGGACUCAUCUUGACUUAGGGAGACACAGUACGUCUCCACGACAGCAUCUCAGAAGAAGGCUUCCACUACCUGGUCUUCGAUCUGGUCACUGGUGGGGAGCUCUUUGAAGACAUCGUGGCAAGAGAAUACUACAGUGAGGCUGAUGCCAGUCACUGCAUCCAGCAGAUCCUGGAGGCUGUGCUCCACUGUCACCAAAUGGGGGUCGUCCACAGAGACCUCAAGCCCGAGAACCUGCUUCUGGCCAGCAAAUGCAAAGGGGCCGCAGUGAAACUGGCAGACUUCGGCCUGGCCAUCGAGGUGCAGGGAGACCAGCAGGCGUGGUUUGGAUUUGCGGGAACGCCGGGCUACCUGUCCCCUGAGGUCCUUCGGAAGGAAGCAUAUGGGAAACCUGUGGACAUCUGGGCAUGUGGGGUGAUCCUGUACAUCCUGCUGGUGGGCUACCCACCUUUCUGGGAUGAGGACCAGCACAAGCUGUACCAGCAGAUCAAGGCUGGGGCCUAUGAUUUCCCAUCUCCCGAAUGGGACACCGUUACUCCUGAAGCCAAAAACCUCAUCAACCAGAUGUUGACCAUCAACCCUGCCAAGCGCAUCACGGCCCAUGAGGCCCUGAAGCAUCCAUGGGUCUGCCAACGCUCCACAGUGGCUUCUAUGAUGCACAGACAGGAGACUGUGGAAUGCCUGAAGAAGUUCAAUGCCAGGAGGAAGCUCAAGGGAGCCAUCCUCACCACUAUGUUGGCCACACGGAAUUUCUCAGCAGCCAAGAGUUUGCUCAACAAGAAAGCAGAUGGAGUCAAGCCACAGACAAACAGCACCAAAAACAGCUCGGCCAUCACCAGCCCCAAAGGAUCCCUCCCUCCUGCUGCCCUGGAGUCUUCUGACAGCACCAACACAACCAUAGAGGAUGAAGAUGCCAAAGCCCGGAAGCAGGAGAUCAUCAAGACCACAGAGCAGCUCAUUGAGGCAGUCAACAACGGCGACUUUGAGGCCUAUGCGAAAAUCUGUGACCCAGGCCUGACCUCAUUUGAGCCUGAAGCUCUGGGCAACCUAGUCGAAGGGAUGGAUUUCCACAGAUUCUACUUCGAGAACCUGCUGGCCAAGAACAGCAAGCCGAUCCACACCACCAUCCUGAACCCGCACGUGCACGUCAUUGGGGAGGAUGCAGCCUGUAUCGCCUACAUCCGCCUCACACAGUACAUUGAUGGCCAGGGCCGGCCCCGCCCCAGCCAGUCUGAAGAGACCCGCGUGUGGCACCGCCGUGAUGGCAAGUGGCAGAACGUACAUUUCCACUGCUCGGGCGCUCCAGUGGCCCCACUGCAGUGAGAGCUGCGCCUGGUUUCACCGGACAGAGUUGGUGUUUGGAGCCCAGCCGCCCUCGGGCGCACGGCCUGCCUGUCGCAUGUUUGUGUCUGCCUCGUCCCCUCCCCUGGUGCCUGUGUCUGCAGAAAAACAAGACCAGAUGUGAUUUGUUUUUAAAAAUAAGAUGAUGACAACGACAACCACAUGCAAAAAAAAAAAAAAA